GUAUGGACAACAGUAGGCGCCCAGUUGUUGAGAAAUGGAGCAGAAACAGAGAGGCCAAGCCGCCAUGUAUUUUCUCUCAGCACGCUUGUUGACCAUUUGUCCUCCUUUUAUAUAUAUAAAGCACCCCACUUUGGCUUUGAAACCGAAGGAAUGGCUGGCCAAAUUUGCCUCUUCCUCCUUGCAUGCACGAACAUGAGCCUUCCCCUGCUGCCUCUGCCCCAAAUAUAAGCUUCCAUCUCCACUCUAACACUGCCUCUCCCCUGUCUUGAACGAAUCAAAAUGGGUAACUCUUGUGCUUCCUACAGAGCCAUCUUGCCUUGUUGCCUCAAGGUCGAUGCAGCACACAAGCAGGUGGAACCUUUGGAGAUUGUUAAACCAGACGGGAAGGUGUUGGAGCUCACCACGCCAACGCUCAAACCCAACCUCAUGGAUGAUUCAGACAAACCCAGCAGCACAAGGAGAGUCAAAAUCGUUUUAACAAAGAAGCAGCUCAAGCUGUUGGUGGACAAACAAGUGUCAAUGGAGGAGCUACUUAUGCAGCAGAUUGAGAAAACCACGUUGUGCAGUGUUCUUGAAUGUUCAUCAUCUUGGAAGCCUGCACUGGCAGCCAUUCCUGAAGGAAAUGAGGCAUAAUGGAAUUUGUAGAACGAAGUUAGUUUAGUUUACUUUCCGCUAUGCGUCCUUUUGAUAUUGGGUUUCUAGAACAAUUCAUAACAAUCAAGAGAGACAGAAUUUGCCAUUAUUGAAACAAACUUGUUUUAUAUGUAUAUAUACAUCAUUAAAAUGCACAAACUAUCACUGGAUCUCUAUAUCCAUGACAUUGCGUUGAA